GGAGCUUGCGUAGAAGACCCCUCAGGGUGCGGGGUGCAGUUGCGGCUCCAGGGCCAUGGCGGAGGAGCAGGGCCGAGAACUGGACCCGGUUUCCAAGCCGUCGGUGCUGUUCCUGCACCCAGACCUGGGUGUGGGCGGUGCUGAGCGGUUGGUGUUGGACGCGGCUUUGGCGCUGCAGGCGCGCGGGUGUAGCGUGAAGAUCUGGACAGCGCACUACGACCCGGGCCACUGUUUCGCCGAGAGCCGCGAGCUACCGGUGCACUGUGCCGGGGACUGGCUGCCGCGAGGCCUGGGCUGGGGCGGCCGCGGCGCCGCCGUCUGCGCCUACGUGCGCAUGGUCUUCCUGGCGCUCUACGUGCUGUUCCUCGCAGACGAGGAGUUCGACGUGGUCGUGUGCGACCAGGUGUCUGCCUGUAUCCCAGUGUUCAGGCUGGCUAGACGGCGGAAGAAGAUCCUAUUUUACUGUCACUUCCCAGAUCUGCUUCUCACCAAGAGAGAUUCUUUUCUUAAACGGCUAUACAGGGCCCCAAUUGACUGGAUAGAGGAAUACACCACAGGCAUGGCAGACUGCAUCUUAGUCAACAGCCAGUUCACAGCUGCUGUUUUUAAGGAAACAUUCAAGUCCCUGUCUCACAUAGACCCUGAUGUCCUCUAUCCAUCUCUAAAUGUCACCAGCUUUGACUCAGUUGUUCCUGAAAAGCUUGAUGACCUAGUCCCCAAGGGGAAAAAAUUCCUGCUGCUCUCUAUCAACAGAUACGAAAGGAAGAAAAAUCUGACUUUGGCACUGGAAGCCCUAGUACAGCUGCGUGGAAGAUUGACAUCCCAAGAUUGGGAGAAGGUUCAUCUGAUCAUGGCAGGUGGUUAUGACGAGAGAGUCCUGGAGAAUGUGGAACAUUAUCAGGAAUUGAAGAAAAUGGUCCAACAGUCCGACCUUGGCCAGUAUGUGACCUUCUUGAGGUCUUUCUCAGACAAACAGAAAAUCUCCCUCCUCCACAGCUGCACGUGUGUGCUUUACACACCAAGCAAUGAGCACUUCGGCAUUGUCCCUCUGGAAGCCAUGUACAUGCAGUGCCCAGUCAUUGCUGUUAAUUCGGGUGGACCCUUGGAGUCCAUUGACCAUAGUGUCACAGGGUUUCUGUGUGAGCCUGACCCGGUGCACUUCUCAGAAGCGAUAGAAAAGUUCAUCCGUGAACCUUCCUUAAAAGUCACCAUGGGCCUGGCUGGAAGAGCCAGAGUGAAGGAAAAAUUUUCCCCUGAAGCAUUUACAGAACAGCUCUACCGAUAUGUUACCAAACAGCUGGUAUAAUCAGAUUCUUUUUAAGAUCUUUAUGCUAUGUUCAUUAAUGUCAUUUUUAUGGAUUGUAGACCCAGUUUUGAAACCAAAAAAGAAACCUAGAAUCUAAUGCAGAAGAGAUCUUUUAAAAAAUAAACUUGAGUCUUGAAUGUGAGUCACUUUCCUAUGUACCACACCUCCCUGUCCACUUUUCAGAAAAACCAUGUCUUUUAUGCUGUAAUCAUUCCAAAUUUUGCCAGUGUUAAGUUACAAAUGUGGUAUAAUUCCAUGUUCAGCAGAGUAUUUUAAUUAUAUUUUCUCGGGAUUAUUGCUCUUCUGUCUAUACAUUUUGAAUGAUACUGUGCCUUAAUUGGUUUUGAUAGUUUAAGUGUGUAUCAUUAUCAAAGUUGAUUAAUUUGGCUUUAUAAUAUAAUGAGAACAGGGCUAUUGUAGUUCCCAGAUUCAAUCCACCAAAGUGUUCACUGUCAUCUGUUAGGGAAUUUUUGUUUGUCAUGUCUUUGCCUGGAUCCAUAGCGAGAGUGCUCUGUAUUUUUUUAAGAUAAUUUGUAUUUUUGCACACUGAGAUAUAAUAAAAGGUGUUUAUCAUAAAAAAGAAA